CAUCUGAAAAGUUAUCUAUUUCAUCUAUAGUGAACAGUUGAAGUGAACGCAAGUGCAAUUUUCGGUGCCGUGGAAAAGUCUAAAUUACAUUGUUGAACUAAAUCCGAAUUGGAAUUUUUUGUGCAUGAAACAGAGUCCUGGCGUUGCUUAAACGUUUUGUUAGUGAACCGAAAGUUUAUAAAAACAAUUUGUAGAAAGAGAAAGGAGAAGGGAGAAAAAAACAACACAAAUCGUUAUUGGGGAUGGGGACAGCCGUGAUUAUAUGUACAAUCAGCUGUUCUCUUCUUACAAUUACCAGCUGUGAUCAAAGCUUUCAUACAGUGAUCUGCAGCCUAAUUAAAGUUUAAAUUUUUGAAGCACGCAUAUUUAAAUAAGUAAAACGUAAAAUAAAGGUUUUCUAAAGCCAAAAUAUGGAAUUGAAGAGGGUGAUACAGAAAUAGUUCAUUGCACUGUCAAUUCGAAGCACGCAAUAGAAGCUACGCCAACAAUGGUCAACAUCAAUGGCGAAACCAUUAAAUACAUAUUUCAAACCUCAUAUGGCGCGUUAAAGGUACGCAAACUUAUUGGUGUCACUUAUUGUAGCAGCGUAGAACUUUCGAAGCGAUGAAUAUGUGCUGCAAGCAAAUCCAAAACUAUGGACGCAAACGCUGCUACAUGGAACACAAAUCAUUCACACACCAGAUAUUACGUUUAAUGUCACUUUUUUGCGUGCAAUUAAACCUUUUGGUCAACACAAGCACGAGAAUUGGAACGACAUGGCGUGUUUCAACUGGGUUUUGCCAAUGAGCUAGAGGGCAAAGCAGUUUCAGUAUCUUUGAGCUUACCGGCACUUGGCCGUGCCAUUAGCAGCUAAAACACAGAAAUUAAAGGGAGGACUUUUUUGAUUCAUUUUCACCUUGUAUUGAGGAACCAUAACGUUGUUGUAUCGCUUUACAAGGACAUAAAUACACCGAAAUUAGUUCAAUGGAAAUACUACAGCAAGAGCGUGGAUGUUAAGACUUGAACGGUGCCGUGUUAGAUUUAGAAUUCCUGAAACAUAAGGUAAUUAUUACCAACUUUUAUUACUUUAUAUUUUAUAGAAACCCUCCUCCCAGAUGAAUCUAGUACUAGUGUAAUUAAUGAAAGAACAGGGGGGUUACUCUGUAAGGCGUUACGAAUAGCAAUGCGUUGCGAAAGUGAAUUGCGUUGCGAAGGGCAAUCGGUACUCUGUAACACUUUUGCAUUGUAAACAGUGUUGCACUGUUUUCGAGUUGACAUAUCUCCAGUAUAGUUGACAUUACUGACCGAAACGAAGGAAAAUGAAAACAAAAUAAAUAACAGAAAAGUGAAGAAGUGUAGAAAAUUGACAGUCAAACAUAUUUAAAUUUGAAUUGUUUUAUAAAUAAAAGUAAUUUUAAAUCAAUAAAAAAGCUGUGAAUAUGGAUUCCGUUGUGUUAUGGGAGGAAAACUCAAAAAAUGAACGAGUUGAGCGGAAAAUUAUUAGAGACAAUUCUAAUGUGAUGAGUCUUAGUGAAAAAAGUUUUGUGCAAAACUUUCGCUUAAGCAAGGAUUCAUUCAAAUAUGUGUUGGAUAGCAUAAGUAGUGAGCUAAAAACUCCAUGCAGGUCCACAGGAAUACCCGAAAUUGUGAAAUUAGCGGCAACUUUAAAAUUUUUGGCGCAGGGAGGCUAUCAACAGCAAAUUGGACAAGAUCACCAUACAGGACUAGCUCAACAAACUGUUUCGCGUUGUGUGUUUGAAGUUUGUAAAGCAAUUGAGAAAGUGCUGUGUCCAAAACACAUAACUUUUGCAAUGUCUUCAGAGGAGAAAAAUGAAGCGAAACGAGCUUUUUACUCAGUGUCUGGAAUUCCAGGAGUAAUUGGAGUGGUGGAUGGUACUCACAUCCAAAUGAUACGUCCGGCAGUUAAUGAGCAUUUAUAUUUCAAUAGGAAAUUAAAGCAUAGUAUAAACGCUAUGGUGAUAUGUGAUCAUAAGAUGAUGAUAAAAGCCGUUAACGGUCGGUUUGCUGGGGCGUGUCAUGAUUCACAUGUGUGGAAUUUGUCAAGCGAGCGCCAAUAUUUACAAACCAACUAUGUGAAUGGAGAAAUAGGAAUUCGCAUUCUUGGCGACUCUGGAUAUCCGCUUGAGCCAUGGCUUUUAACUCCAUACAGAAAUGCUGCUGAAAACUCUGCUGAAAGUUACUACAACUACAAAUUUUCAAAAGCCAGAUCCCUUAUCGAACGAGUAUUUGGAGUAUUAAAAGCGCGGUUUAGAUGCCUUUUAGCUGCUAGAGAACUACAUUAUGCCCCAGAAAAAGUGGUGCAAAUUUUGAACGUAUGUUGUGCUCUUCAUAAUAUUUGCACUAUUUUUAAUGUGGAAUCACCUGCCAAUAUAGCAAUAGAAGUUGAAGAAGUCGAUGCUAGUUAUACUGAAACCAUAGGAAAUACAAAUGAAACCAAUAUUGCUAAACGUUUAAGGGAUCAAAUAAAAAACAGUAUGAUUACUUUAUAAACAUAUAACACUAUUUAAUGAAGUAAACUUUUUAAUUUUUUACAUUUCCAUUAAUUAUUAAUUAAUAUAUAUAUCAUUGAUAUAUCUUGCACAUGUGUAUACAUAUCUA